AUGGACGUUGCCAUGGAGGAUAUUGUUGCCCAGAAGUACACUACUCCUCUCAAGAAGGGCCCGAAGAAGAAACCAAGAAAGACCAUCCAGCAGUGCUUUCCGCGAAACGGCUUCGAGUACCCGGAUGGUGACCGCAUCUUCCAGAACAGAGACAACGGUCACUUGUUCAAGCGCGCCCUGAUGGCGGUCAUCCCCACACUCCGCCAGGUCGUCGACGAGAAGCUCGCAGAGCUCUUCAUUGCUGCCAAGAAACACAAGAAGCUGGGUGGAGGCAUCCUCCACACGCAGCGCUUCGAACCCGCAGCCCAGGACGUCGAUUGCUUCAAGGACCUGCCCAAGAACAUCAUCAACCACGUCAUGCUUGUGCUCCUUCACGCACGAUUCUUGCACAUCAAGUUCUCUGAGUACCGCCCAAACCCCGUCGACCCGGCUAUUGAAGGUAAGACAGCCAAGGCAAUCGAUGCGUAUACAGGCAAAUCACCUGCCCAGCAGCCGGAUGACGCGUUCAAGGACAUGGAGCCCAAGCUCAUUGCUGACAUGAUGACUCGGAUGAAGGCCAAACGGGGACCCGACUGGGGUGAUGAUAAAGAGACGACUGGAGCCGGUCUUGAUGCCAGCAACGCAAUCUUCGAGAACAUGGCGCAGAAGCUGAAGGAAAUGCGCAUGUAG